UUGUAGAAGAUAUUGGCAGGAAGAAGAUGUUUGAAGACCUGCCUCCGUUGGAUCCGCAGUUUGCAGACCUGGACGAGGAAGAGGAUGCUGCUCCUAUUGAGCUGAACCCGCAGCCGUUCUUUGUCGUCAAGACGUAUCUUCUGGAGUCGACUGUCUCGCCAAAGAGGACAAAGGGAACAAAGGUCUUUAUUAACGUCUGCCGGGAUCCCAAGGCGCCGUUUUCAGAUACUCCCGGUGAAGCACCACAAGACGACGUACCUGUGAUUCUGGGAGGAGAAUCCAUCGAAACCGAUAACAAGGGCGAGAAAUGCUAUGUAUUUGAUUGCUGCAUCAACUCUGAACUUCUCGACUUGACAAAAGGCAGUGCCGAGGCACUUGCGCUUUUCGCACAGCAUUGUAUGCGGGUCGUAUCCCACAGCCACGGCUUGAAGCUGUCUCCAGACUACAAACUUCCAAAGCUACGAUACAAGGGCAACAACGGCCGUCCACCAAAGAUCCUCAUCCGCCCUUCUAGAAGCCGGAUACUGAACGACAGCUCCGACACCGAAGACGCGGGUAUAGCUGCGUCGCUCAAUGGCAUGGCUAGGAAGAUAUUAGAGGAUACCUCCAACGGGAAGUCGCCGCAAGAAAACGGGACUGGAAAAAAAGCUGCUCCGAGCUCUGAUCUGGUGUAUAGAGAGGACGACGCGGGCUUGAUUCCGCUAGUCAAGCCAAAACCUACGGCGCAGGCAAAGUCGUUGAUAGAAGAGAUUGUGGAGAGACCAGCUCCUGCCUCUGCCAAGUCGUCAAAGUCGACAGCUGCUGCUGCCCCUGCUCCACCCAGUAAGAGCACGCCGAACAAGCCAAUGAUCCAAGAGAUUGUCGAGAGCAGAAAGGUUUCUCCUAAAAUCGUCAAGACGGAGCUAAAGCAGGCUGGUUUCCCCAGAUAUCACUACGAGAUAACGGUCGGUGGCAGUUCAACAGCUUUGGAGGAAUCAACGGUGAAGAUCGACGACAGUGCGGGAAAAGUCUAUGUGAACUCCUCGGGAUUUAACGAAAAGGCUUUGGACAUUGAUCUUCCGAAGGACUGCGACUUUUCGCAGAUCAAACUGUUUUACGCAAAGGACACUAAUACCAUGUCUAUCUUUGUUUGAAUGCAGAUGUACAUAUGAUAAGAAAUGUAAAUUAUGAGACAAGUAU